AUGGUGUCUCCUGUCCACCUUCCAAACGGCAAGCCAAAGACCGUCAUAGUAACAGGAGGCGCCGGAGGCAUUGGCGCCCAAACCAUCCGCGCCUUCUACGAGAAAGGCUGCAACGUCGUCAUUGCAGACCUUCCCUUCUCAAAAGAUGCUGCCACUCAGAUCAUUUCUUCAUUCACCGAUUCUGGCCGCGCACUAUAUUGCCCAUCCAACAUUGCUGACUGGGACAACAUGCGUACAUUGUUCCGAGAAGCGAAGAAUAAGUUCGGACAGGUGGACAUUGUUGUAGCCAACGCAGGAAUGAUGGAGAGUCAGAACUUCUUUGACUUCGAAGAGGAUGAAGCAGGAGAGUUACUGGAGAGCAGAGACUCUCAGAGGGUGUUAGAUGUUAAUCUCAAGGGAACGCUUAACAGUGAGCUGAACGUCACGAACAUUCCUUUGCGAUUAGCGAUGCACUCGAUGAAGUCAAAUCCGCUCGAUUCUGAUGGCGCACGAGGCUCAAUAAUACUAACUGCAUCGACAUCCGGCUACUUCGGCGGCACGGGGGUGCUCUCCUACAUUGCGACCAAGCACGGAGUCGUAGGAGCAGCGCGCGCAUCCCAACGAAAAGCCACAGAGCUUGGUGUGCGUGUCAAUGUUAUUGCUCCUUUCUUUACACCCACAUACAUCACUGGCGGCUACUCGGAUGAAUGGAAGAGGAGAGGCUUACCGGCAAAUACUGUUGAGGAUGUUGCGAAUGCUGUCGUAUCAACAAGCAUAGACCCGGUACGCAAGGGUCAUCAUGUUAUGGUUGCUGGAGCUUUCAUCAAGGAGAUCGAGACACCACGAACUGCAAUGACGAAAGAUUGGUUAGGCGAGGAUAUUGCGGAGAUCAUGAUAAAAGGUGGCCAGUUCUUUGAUGAUAUGGGAGGGUACACCAUGCCAAAGCCUCGCGAAUGA